GCAUUUUGCAGCACUGCGGCGAGGAGAAAGGUAACCCUAGACUUUCUAUUUUCUGAUUGCGUUGUUGUCGAGAAAACUCAGCGAAAAUAUUGGUUUUCCUGCACAAUUUUCCGUUUCAAAAAGCACACUUAGCAAAGGAGUCAGCUAUUAACGAGGAUUCGCACAAGAAGCAGCAGUAGCGAGGCAGAAAAUCGAAGAGACCCCGCGAUGGCCGAAGUGGAGAAACCGACGGCGGCCACGCCCCCGACUGACAUCCCCCAGGCCACGCCUCCGACCUCCAGCGAGGUGGCCGCAUCGCCCACAGCAGAUGCCACCGGUGAGGUUGAGCCGGGCACUUCGCCUACUCAGGAACCCAAUUCCAAUUCGCAUCCGCACGAUUCGGAGUACGACACGGCCAGUGAUCUGGAGGGUGGAGAGGACUACGAUGACGAGGAGAGCGUUAGCGGGAGUGCCAGUGGCAGUGGAAGUGAGGAGGAAUCCGAAACCGACGAUGAAGACGAGGAGGUGGGCAGCGAGUCGGAGGAUGGCGAGGGUGAGCAGGCAAUGGAUCGCUCUGUUGCCGACAGCGAGGCCCAGAAGAAGGUGGACGAAGACCGCAGCAAUCCGCAGUACAUCCCCAAACGGGGCACUUUUUACGAACACGACGAUCGAACGGCAGAGAACGAGGGCGAAGUUCUGAUCGAGCCGGAAAACGGUGCUGGCCAAGCACCGGCGGAGCCAAAUGGCGACCUAAACGGACUGGUGGCAGCCGGAGCCACGCCCACUGGCCAAACGCCACAGAUCUCACAGGCCUCCAAAACCAUGCGCAAGUGGCAGCCGGCAUCGGGCGGCGAUCGAUGGUCCCACGAUCGAUUCGAGGCCAAUGAGCAGGCGCCCAAAUCACGGGCUGAGCUGUUGCAGACUUAUGGUUACGACAUAAGGAACGAGGAUGCACCGCCAAGAGCCCGACGCCGCCGGCGAUACACACGCGGUCCGAGUAAAUACUCAAGGAAUUGGGAGGACGAACAGGCCUAUCUCAAGGCCAGCAAUAAAGAGCGGAAGCCGCCACGUCCGCAAGAUUUUCCGGCCCUUAACGAGAGGAAACCACGAGGGCCAAGAACAUCCUCGUCGCGGGAGGAGAAGGAGAACAGACGUUCGGUGGGAGGCGGAGGUUUGGUUGCCGAGAAACAGCAGCCAUUGGCCAGUGGUUCGAAUCCGCACAGAUCGCAGGAGCGGGAACGCGAGCGCGAAAGGGAGCGAGAACGAGAUCGUGAGCCCAAGAAUCGCAACUUUGGGCGGAUGAAUGGCGGCCCAGGACGUCAGAAUGGUGUGGAAUUCAAGAAGAACAACCGCGGGCAGCAGACGCGUGAGAGGGAGAGGGGACCCGACCAACUGGACAACCGCAACCAGAAGCAGCCCACUCCUCGCUCUAACCAACAACAACCGCAGCAGCAACCUCAGCACUUACAGCAGCCACAACAGCAGCAGCGGCAGGCGCCCCAGCAACAGCAGCCGCCACAGUCGCCGCUCUCCACUACGAACCUAUCGCAACGCUUGCAGCAGGUACAGCAGCGUAAUGAUCCCAGCCAUGUGGGCAGUGUCCAGAUGCACUCACUGGCCAACCAAAAUCAGGCCCCACAGCAGCACCCGGAGCAACGAAACGCCCCUAAGCGUUACUCCAGUUUACGACGCACCCAGCAGGAGGCUUCCCAACACCUGGCGGAGCAGCAACAGAUGCAACAGCAGUUGCAUUUACAACAACAACAACAGCAGCAGCAGCAAUCACAGAUCAUGAUCCAGGACCCACAUGUGCUGAUGCAGAUUGCCUACCAACAGCAGGAACUUCAGGCACAGCUCCAGACCAUGCAACUGGGACCCACUGCAGCUGGAACAGUGACAGCUGCACCAAAACCACAUGCUCCACCGGCAGCCGCAUAUCCGCAGGCGCAGGCGGCUCCUUACUACGUGACCGGUACGGAGCCAGUGACCGUGCCCGUGCCUGUGGCCCAGGCACCGUAUGUGAAUCCGGCCAGUGCCGCCUACUUGCCCCCCACUCCGGCUGCCGUGGCCUACGCCCAGGCGGCGCCCCCGGUGGUAUCCCAGCCUACACCGCCGCCCGCCCAAGCUCCGCCCGCAGCGCAGCCAGCCCAACCGUAUCAAAACUACAACACGGUAGGUGGCACUACCUACUUUGUGCCACCGGCCCAAACCGCCAGCCGACCAGCUGCCCUGCCCCAGCGUCGUCCCACGAACGCGAUUCCCAUCCUGCCGCCCUCCGAGAAGCACAAGAGCAAGGGCGGAGCCAAGGAAGAGGGCAUAUCGGACAACAUCGAUCAUAUCAUCGACAAUAUGUUUGUGCAACGACCUUCGGCCUUCCAGGCCACCGGGGAGGGCGCAGCUCCGGGAGGAGGAUCCAAGGAUGAAGCGGGUGCCACUCCUCCGGCAGCCGAGCAGAACCUUCAGCCGGUGCCGGCCACUGGGCAGGAAUGAGUGCAGGCGUACGCCGGCUUGCCGACACAGCAGCCGAGACGAGGUCAAAGGAUCGCCCCUCCUCCCUCCUCCGGCUACUCAAUGCUGCCGCCGCACGCUGGCUACUAUCGACCUCCGCAACCGCCGCACUAGUGCGGCCAAACAAGCUCCAAACUCAGCUCAUCUGAAGUUUUUUUUUCCCAUUCUGUCCUCGGGUCUGCGACUCGCCGUGUUGCAUUGAAUUGUAGACACACAGUAAGAACCAUUUGUAAUUAGCAUUUAGCUCCCAGAUAAUCGAACUUACUAACGAAAACUUUUCGUAUAUAGAACGAGUAUAUAUAUAUGUAAUCCGGCGCAAGCUCCAAUUAAUUUGUACGUAGUAUCUAGGGCCAGCUGCGGCGCUCGCUUAUUAAGUGGAAAGUCAAAAAGUGUUGGACGUAUUUAAGCGGCUGGGCGCUUAACUUAUUUAGCCGCAUUUUAGAGUUGAAACAAGAAUUACCGAGAGAAAUGUAUUUGCAUAAACUAAUCGAACAUUGAAUUUAAAUAAACGUUUAACACGAA